UUACAACACCAUUGCACUGAGACAAUUUUUUUCAAUUUCGCCGUAUCUUCUUCCUAUUGGCUCUUGCUUGGUCUUGGCUCUUGAGGAUGACUGGCACUGCUGAAAUUUUGUGAAGUUAAUUUCACAUAAAUAUUCUCAGCACUUGAAUCAAAAAGGCUCAAAAAGACUGCCCUUUUCUUCAAAAAUCAAACCCUUAUGAUGGGAAGCACUUCGUGUUUCACUACAAUAGCUGUUUUUGGACCUCGAAAUCCUUCUCGACAUUUCUCUAACCUCUCUAACAAUGCCUGUUACAUGUGGUCUAAAUCCCCAAAUUUGCUCUUCUCCACCUCCACAAGUUCGAAUUCGGGAAUCAGAUUAAAGUCCGCAACAUCGUUACCCAGGGCGACCCCUUUGCAGGUAUCAGAAGAUGCUCCCAUCGAAGAAUCGGAGCCUUCAUCUCCUAGAGCAAUUGGCCAACAUGACCUACUCAUUGUAGGUCCUGGUGUUCUGGGUCGUUUGGUAGCAGAAAAAUGGCGGGAGGAAAGUCCAGGUUGCCAGGUUUAUGGGCAGACAAAGACCACUGAUCAUCAUGAUGAAUUAGUUCAAAUGUGUAUCAAUCCAUCUCUGAAAUGGACAGAAUCUACUCACAAGUUUCCCUAUGUUAUUUAUUGUGCCCCACCUUCCCGGACUUUUGACUAUUCUGGAAACAUCAGGCAAGCUGCAUUAAGCUGGAAUGGUGAAGGUUCUUUCCUUUUUACCUCAAGUUCUGCGCCAUAUGAUCGUAAUGAUAAUGGACCAUGUGAUGAGGAUACUCCAUCUGUGCCAAUCGGGAAGAGCCCCAGAACAGAUAUUCUUCUAAAUGCUGAAAAUGUGGUGCUGGAGUCUGGUGGUUGCGUUCUAAGACUGGCGGGGCUUUAUAAAGCAGAUAGAGGUGCACACAGUUACUGGUUAGAAAAGGGUGUUGUAGAUAGUCGUCCUGACCACAUCCUGAAUCUCAUACAUUAUGAGGAUGCAGCUUCCCUCUCAGUUGCAAUCUUGAAGAAAAAAAUUCGCGGAAAGAUUUUCUUGGGUUGUGACAAUCAUCCUUUAUCUAGGCAAGACAUGAUGGACCUGAUUAAUAGAAGUGGGAAGUUCAAUAAAACAUUUGAUAAAUUCACUGGAACUAACGAUCCUCUAGGUAAAAGAUUAGACAACUCCAAAACUCGCAAUGAAACAGGGUGGGAGCCAAAGUACCCUAGUUUUGCUCAUUUCCUCGAGAACUUAUGAACAACUAUUUUAAGUAAAUCUUUAAUCAAUGUGAAGAGGACAUAAUGCAUUUCUCAGAGAAGGGCCAUCAGUUGCUUAUUUGAUGUAAAACACAGACUCAGACUUACUUGGUUAUUCUGAAUAUCUUGAAUCUCAAUUUCACACCAGCAAAGAUUUUUCUGAUUUCUAAAAUGACACACUCGAGCUCCAUUUGGUAUAAGGGAAUUGAAUUCUCAUUCUCUCAAUUCUUUUAUGUAAUGUUUUGUCAUGUUUGUGUAACAUUUGAUUCGAUCAUUUUCAUUUUUUUAAA